AUGGUCCGAGCUCCCGCCUACAGCUCCCUCACUAUCCGACGUUCUGUCAGUUUGGAUCCGAUGCGCACUCAACCGUUGUACUCCGCACGUGGUGCAAACAGUCCUCGAGAUGUCCGCGAGUUUCGACAGCAUCGGUCCUCUCCACCUAGUUCACAUACUCCACGAUCGCGUUACAUGUCCUUUGAAUCACCUGCAACGAGACCGGAUGAUGCGAUUGAGGAUGAAGAACUGGAAUUACAGAUGCGGGUUGCAAUGGCACUUAGUCUAGCGGAGCACCGGAAACACGAACGAUCCGGUUGGCAACAAUUCGAGGUGGAUCCAACGGGACAAUUGCCACAUGCGCAGCCUGGACAAUUGUUAAGCGACCAGCUGGAUGCGUUAACUCUCGACAGGAAUGACAAUCAUCCACGUGACAAGUUUGCUCAUUCACCCACUCCUACCCCAUCACUUUCUGUGUCCAAUGAUUUGUUCGGUAGUGGAGACUUAUCGUGGAACGAGCAACCGACCACGGAUCCCUGGGCACCACUUUCGGAUCCUGUGGCAGAGAAUCGUGUCAGUCCGCUGACUCCGAGAUCCACAGCGGAUGGCGGCACGCUCACCCAGUCCGAUUCGAAUCAACCCACUCGCACGGUCUUUGACGAAUUGGCUCUGGUUGAUUUCACUCAAACGCAGCGCGAGACAGAUCGUGUUCCGACCACGGGCGGCACGGUUUCGCCCGGAACGACGUUCGUCGAAUCGCGACCACAGAACACGAAUCCAUUUGUGAACGGGACUCCACUAGCCAAUGGAGACUCGAAUGUGAGUGUUUAUGCAGAACGGAGCAUGGAAUCCGGUCCGGUCGCUAACUUUUUGGGAGAAUACUCCAGUUUGGUCGAUUUGGAAAACCUAAUGCACCCACAAUUCCAUAACUACGGUGGCAUUCUGGUCGGAUCAAAUGACCAAAUAGUACCUAAACAGAUUAAUUACUUCAAGUUCACUCUGCUGCACAACACGCAAACCAUUACUCGAUUAGUCCACAGUUCCGGUGCACCCCAUUUCAACUACUCACGGGGCCUUAUGCAUGGAGCUAGCGUGGCCACGUUUGGACCACUUACUAAGGAUAUGCAGCUCGAGUCUCCUUCCCCAUCAUGGACCACAGGCUAUCCACCACCACCAGCAGCAACCGGGGUUUUACAGACCCCUGUGGAUUCGUUUGGUCUGUUACACAACCCGAGACGACUCUUCCCACAGGCUGUUUCUAACAAUCCGUUUCUAUAG